AUGCAAGCGAUUGCUUUCUUCGAUCCAAGCUCAGCUUCUGACUCACUCACUCACUCACUAGUCGGUCGGUCGGUGGCUGGCUGGCUGGCUGGCGCCUUCCGCGACUCGUCCGGUCAGUUGCUUGUGUGUCCGGGGCUGCCUGCCCUCUGGCACCCAGCUCCGGCUACCUCGCCGCCCACCAAUCCACCAUCAAACCUCUUCGAACUCUCUCUCUCUCUCUCUCUCUCCUCUCGGUUGAGCGCACUGUCGUCACCGAAUCUGAACCUUCAUGAAACUACCGCUGGGCAGAGCGGGCUCCUUCCGACCGUUGAUUGCACCUCAAGGCAACCGAUCGAAGACCAGGUGCAGGACGUAGGGCUCCUUCCUUCGCUCGGUCGGGCCGCCGCUCGCUUGCCGAGCAAGUCCAACGAGAGCGACACGUGGACCUCACGAAAUGUGGUGGAAGUCCACGACGCGUUGACCUCAAUCGGUCAGUUGCAUUAUUCCUCAUUCGGCACGCUGCUGCUGGGACUUGCGAGCGUGGCUUCAGGCCAUCAGAGCAGGAUUCGGGCAAUCGAGCAAUCGAGCAGGAUUCGGGACAGGAGCGAAGCUGUGCCGGCAGGAUCGGUGCUCUUGAGGAGGUUCUUCGAAGUUAAGCCAUCGUUGAUUUGAUUUGAUUUGAGCCAUCGUUCAUCGUUCCUUCUCCUUCCUCACCGAUGAUGGACCUGUAUUGAGCUCUCUACGUAGAGAAGGAACUUACUGACAGCGGCAUCGCAAUCGGGCCAAACCUUCUUGGUCAUCUUGGAUGACCAAGAAUGAUCUAGAAUAUUUAAUUCAUCAUUCGCCUGAAUGAAGUUUACUCCGAGGGUUUUCGAAGUUUGUCAGUGUUCACUCCUUGUCGUGAUAUUUGGGUAACUCUUGGAAGGUUAGGUCUGUAGAGCUUAACGUAAGCCCGACGCUUCCUACUGCUUCUCACCAGAGUUUGUACUUCUGCCUUCUGUUGUACUAUAUCGUGGUAAGAUCUUUGAGCUCAUGUUAGCCACUGUAAUCAGCAUCUGUGCUGUUUUCUUGGGAUUGAAUAUUCAGAAGUGUA